CGGAUAUCACGCCAGAUACGUAUCAAUAUGCGUAUCGGAUGUUUGUAUUUUUUUCUCUUUUUAUGCUGGAUACUUAUCGGUGGUUCCGUAUCCGAUACGGGAUACGACGCCGCACUGCCGUAUCGGGGUAACGUAGCGGCCGGCGGGUGGGGGAGGAAAAAGAUUAUUUUCCCCCAAAUCCAUCAUCUAGCUCUAGGAAUUGUUCUGCCAGCGGACCUCCCUACAUGGCGAGCAGCAGCAAUGGAUGCAGAGGAGGAAGAGGGCAGAAGGAGGCGUAUAGGUGGCGGAGCCGCUCCCCCAGUCCACACCACCCGUAUGAAUACAUCACUCUCCCGGGGGGCGACCGCUUCGACAUCCCCGAAGGCGACGACAAGCAGGAGUGGGUACAAUUCUUCGACGAAGCCGAUAGAGCGACCAGGGAGGUCAUUGGUAUAAACCGCGCCGCCAUCCUCGCCAAUAGUGGCCACCGCGACGGCUCCGUAUACGCCGUGUCCGGUGGAUGGCAUCAAAGAUAUCGAAUUUCCGACCGUAACGAGACUGGACUGGAACCGAUGACCCUCUCUGACCCAAGCAAUUGUUGUCCAGAUCGAGAAAACUGUUUCAUCCAUACACCGCGUCCCAUGAUGCAAAUAUUUUCAGUGAAAUUGGGCAAACUUUUAGAAGAAGAUGGCCCGGUUCAGUUAUACGGAUAUAUAGCUACCCGUGACCUUCUAGAUCCAUUAGUAAAUUACAUAGUUAAUCGGAGCAGGGAUGAUCCUAUCAUUGUAUACCAGGUGAUGGAAACAACACACUGUUCUGGUCUGAUCGAUGGCUCAUGGGCUGCUCAAUUGUUGAAAUCGCACCUGUGGUUGUUGAUGCUGUGCCACUAAAAAUUCGCAAGCAACGCACAGUUGCACUUGCACAGGCCUUGCAAAAUCAAUCUUGGCCCACUGAUAUUCAAGGAGGCCUCUCGCCGAUUGGACUGUUUGAGUAUCUCCAGCUGUGGGAUAUGCUGCUGGACACGACCCUCUCCCAGGAUGAGGAUGUGCACAUCUGGCGAUUGGAUAGCUCUGGUAUUUUCUCCUCUAAAUCAGCUUAUCGUGCCUUCUUUAAUGGAGCAAUUACUUUUGAACAUGGGCGGCGGUUGUGGAAAUCAUGGGCUCCUGCGAAAUGCAAAGUUUUUCUCUGGCUCGCCAUCAGGAAUCGGUGCUGGACUGCGGAUCGUCUGGCGAGGCGUGGCCUGCCACACCCGUCCAUGUGUCCGCUCUGUGACCAGGAAGAAGAAAAUAUCCAACACCUGCUUACUACGUGUGUCUUUUCCCGGGAGUUCUGGUUUAGAAUUCUAACGCCUAUGGGAUUUCAAGGCCGGGUCCCAAGCCGCCAUGAGAUUUCUUUUGCUGACUGGUGGAGAAAAGCAGUUAAAAAGGCCCCGAAAGAAACUAGGAAAGGCCUGAAUUCCACUAUUAUUUUGGGCGCCUGGGUUAUCUGGAAGCAUCGCAAUGCUUGCGUCUUUGAUGGUGCUCGACCUUGCAUAAACAGUCUCCUUCGGGCUUUCAGAGAUGAGCAACACCUUUGGUGUCUUGCUGGAGCUCGACGCCUGAGAACACUUGGUCAUGGUCUGGUUGGCGAGCUGGGUAAUCCUUAGCUUGUGGUUUCUAAUUUGUAGUAGGUCAGAUCUCGCCUCUAGGUGUGUGCGCUAUUGGAGUACAUCUUGAUCAUGUAUUUUUUCAACCCCUCAUGGCUCGGCCCGGAAUGAGGUGGUGAAGAUUGUAAGGGGCCGGCUCUUCUCUCUUUAAUACAAUGAUACGAAGCUCUCCUUCGUAUUCGAGAAAAAAGAAAUAAGUGUUUUAUGUACAACUUUGAUAGUUAUACAUAUAUAUUGUUAAAAAGGUAGAAUUACUAUGCA